AUGCCUGUAUCGCAUCGUAAACGACGUGCAACUGCUAAAGAUUUUAGUGGCGUUUUUGAAAAACUUCGCCGGCUACGAGAAACUGGUGGUUCUCGUGCACAGGAAUAUGAGAUUCAAGAGCCAGAACCAAUUUACAUUGAAGUUAACGAAGAUGAAUAUCAAAAACAUCUUAGAGAAAGUGAGCAAGAUAAUUUCAUUGAAGACGAUGAUGGGAAAGCAAAUUUAUUUGCUGAGGAUGAUCUGGGAAAAGCUUAUUCUGAUGAAUCUGAUUAUGAUAAUUCUCCAAUGGAUGGAAAAAGGAAAAGAAGCAAAGAGUUGGAGGAUGAAGCAGAUGUAGUUCGACCGAACGCAAGGCUUAAUAGCUUUUUUCAGAGGGCUGCUGCCACGCAAUUCUCAAAACCCAAGACAACUAAACCAACCGCAGACGAGACAGCAUUUUUAUCUAACCUUUUAAAAGAUUUAGAUGAUGAUACCGAAGAUCAGGAUCUAACUAUCAAUCAAAUGGGUGUAAUAAUGAUGGAUUUGGAGAAUGACAAAUGUCAAAACAAUUUGGCCUGUGCUGAAAAUGUCAAGAAUCAUUACACUGAUUAUGCACACCUUAAUGAUUCUGCAUCAACGUUGCUUGAAGUGAGCAAUUCGGAAAAUAAUGUCUCCGCUAACGAUAAGCAAGUAGAUAAAGAAUUCGACCAUGAUAAUGGUUGUAGGAUACUCUGGACUGAUUCCUACGAAAAACAGGGGAAUGAGCAUCUUUUUGAUGAUACCGAAUAUCAGGAUCUAGCUGUCGAUCAAAUGGACGUAAUGAUGAUGGAUUUUGAGAAUGACAAUUAUCAAAACAAUUUGGAUUUGGAGAAUGACAAAUAUCAAACAAAUUUGGAUUUGGAGAAUAACAAAUAUCAAAAAAAUUCGGAUUUGGAGAAUGAAAAAUAUCAAAAAAAUUUGGUCUGUGCUGAAAAU